GGACAGUCAAGAGCCGUGUGCCGAGGCGUUGUGUUGUGUUGCUCCGUUGAAAUACCACGUUUUUCCACACGCCAAUAAUCAAAAACGUUACAAUAAACAUAAUAGAAACCGGUAUCUUAGCAUCUAUAACAACUAAAACAUAUAUUUUGUGUGUUUACUAUAUUUACACGACGUUUUAUCUUUACAAAACCGGUUCGUAUAAUAGGAAGUAGCCACAACAGUUAUAUAAAAGUUUAUGCUGCAAACUCUUGCGGGUAAAGAGUGAACGAGUCAGUAUUUUGUUUUGUGUGUUACUGCAGCUGUCUGAUCGUAAAAAGUUUGGACUUUUGGACGAUAUUGUUGAGUGAAAUCGAGUGUUGAGCUGCUACAACAGUCAGGAUGUCCACCCUGCUGUUUUGGCAGGGGAAGGGGAAAGCGAACGGUGCUCCAAACGGCCGAAACUGGAUUCACGCGCCUGACGCCCUAAUCAAAGGACACGUCGCUUAUUUAGUUAAGUUCUUAGGCUGUACGCAAGUAGACCAGCCUAAAGGCAUCGAGGUUGUCAAAGAUGCCAUCAAGAAGCUGCAGUUCACACAACAACUGAAGAAGUCUGAAACUAAAGACGCUGCCAAAUGCAAGAAGGUAGAAAUCACAAUAUCCGUCGACGGAGUCGCCAUACAGGAACCGAGAACGAACAACAUUAUGUACCAAUUCCCGUUGCACAGGAUAUCCUACUGCGCAGACGAUAAAGGCGCCAAAAAGUAUUUCUCGUUCAUCGCGAAAGGUGGCAGUACUGUAAACGGGACCAACCACGACAACAGCUUAGAGAGACACGAAUGCUUUGUGUUCAUAUCUACAAAACUGGCGUCCGAGAUCACUUUAACUAUAGGACAAGCAUUUGAUUUGGCUUACAGACGGUUCCUGAACGAUAAUGGCAAAUAUAUUGAAAUGCAAAAACUCACAUUGCAAAACAAGAAAUUGGAGCUACAAAUGAACACGUACAAAACGCGGUUGCAGGAGCUGUCAAAGGUGACAUACAAAGACGACUUGUCCGCGUAUUUGGCGCGGAACAAUCUCGCAGAAAUCACAGAGUUCAAGGUUCCUGAGGUGUUGGAGCAACAGAUCUCUUCGCUUACACUGGCCAAUGGUUUCAGCGCCAUGAAUGGCAACAAGACACCAGAUAUGGCGACAGAUGCAUUGUCGAAUAACUCAACCGAUACAUUUAACUCCAGCAACGACAAUAACCUGCUUCUAUCCACGCCGCCACCCACACAUAACGGGAAACCGAAUUUCAAUACAGGGAAGCAGCCAAAAGAGUUGUCGUCAAGCAAGAACCCUGUAGUAGGUCCGAGACUAGAAGAAUUGUUGCUUAAUUCAGAUUCUGACAGUGACUUUGAUCCACGCGCAUACGAAUCGGAACCUGUGACGCGAUUCGCCGCGCCUGUUGUAGAGAAUGCCGUCACACCGACGCCACCGCUUUUGGCUCCACCUCCAAAAGCGUCGAAACGUCAAACGCCGCAACAACAGACUCCACCUCAACAAACCGCCCAUACUCAACAACCGGUGCCGCUAAAUUCAGAUCUUUUCGGUUCGCCUCCGUUCGGCGUCCAAACAGUUCAAUCGCAAAACACAAUCGUCCAAACUCAAGUCAAACCCAACUACGACAUAAGCGAUUUCAAUCUGCAAACAUCAGUUUUCAACACAAACACAUCUUUUACUAAUGGGUUAAGUGGAUAUGAUCCCUUCGACACGCAGAAAACCGGAAAUAUCUUUGGGAAUGGCUUCGGUAACACUUUUAAUGGGUUUGGGAAUUUGAGCGAGAAGCAAACUGUGGAGUUGAACAGCAGUUUCAAUGGGUUUCUAGAUAAAACAAUUUCGGAAAUGAAGGAUGGAUUCAGCCGAGGGAUCACCUUUGGAAACGACGAUUUUUCAAUAGAUAAUCUCGAUCCCCUGAAAAAAAAUUGAAUAAAAGUUUAUUUUCUCGUGAAAUAAAUUUAAUAAAUUUUAGGUAAUUUAGAUAAUAAUACGAGUCUCGUGUUGGUUCACACAACUUUACUUUUAAUUUUUUAAGUGAAUGCAAUAAAAAUAUUAUUUGAAUAUUAUGUAAUUGAAUUUAAUUAAUAAUAGGUCCUAAGCGUUGCGUGAAUCGAAACGAAAUUGCGGAAAGUUUUUAUUAUUAAAAAGCUCAUGUGUUGCCAUGUUAUUGGUUACAAAUAUAUUAUUUGAUUAGUCCGUGAUAAUAGAUAAUAUUAACUUCCUGGUAAAAUGAACUUUCUUCUUUUAUGCUUCUCAUGUAAUCUCCUUUUACGAAUCUCAACGAAUAACCAGUAAUGUGACAAAACAUUGCUAUAAUGUAACGAAUAAAGCUAUUGAGUUGAAGUUAAUAUAUUAUUCGCGCUCAAUGUCAUUCUUUAAGUGCCUUAUAAAAACUUUCAAACAAACAAAUCGAUGAACUACUUAAGACAUGUCAUUAUUUUUUAUUUCAUGUUCUUUUUACCAAUUAUACAUCGGUAGAUUUUUAGGUAUAAAGUUAUUUUCGGUAUAUACGUAUUAAUAUACAAAAUUGCGCGCUAAAGCAUGGACCAAAAUUUUAUUACGUAUAUUUGAAGAUCACCUCAAAAUUCUGUGAUAAUUCUCUUCAUUUGGGGGGCUUCAAAUAACUUGAAAAAACCUGAUAAGUGACUGAAUUUAAAUUACUAAAAAGACUUGUCUGGAUGUAAAUAAAUUUAUUAAUAAGAACACUUUUUAUAAUGAUUAUACUUGUAAACAAUUUUAUUAUUCGGAUGACAUUGUAGCAGUAUUAUGAUCAAUACAUUCCAUGAAAUAUAAUGUUUUUAAAUCGAUAACUAUUUUUACUGGCUGAUAUAAUUAUAUUUUAGUUGUGUAUAAUAUUAAUUAAAACUGUUGUAUUGGAAUGUCGCAUUAGUGGGUAUUGUUUAGUAUUGUGUACACUAAUGUUACUUUAAGACCAAAAGAUAUACAUAAUUGUGUAUUUUCAAUAAAAAUCUAUAUUUA